UCCCUGUUUAUUUUCUCUAAUAACAAACAACAUUACAAAUUCUCAGUAUGGCAAAGCUAACUAAAGACAAUGCAGCCCAUGGAGAUGAAUUGCCAUUGGAACCGCAAUUGGUGGAACUAAGUUUGAAGGAUUUUCGGAACGGCAACCGUAUUCCAUCGCUUUCGAAGGAUAUUCAUUUGCCCAAGCAAAAAAAUGUUGUGGAAAGCCUAAAAAGCUUCUGGUUGGAAAAUAAGACCCAUGAUUUCCUGGUGCGGCUGGGAAAAUAUGAUUUUCCCUGCGAUCGUCUGGUGCUAAUGCUCUAUGUAGAUCUACUUAGACAGGAUUUGGAUAGAAGAGAGCUGCGAUUGCCAGAGAAUUUCGUUAGACCUGAGGUCUUUUAUAUACUUUUCCGCUGGAUGAAUGAUCAGGAGCCGCUGGUGAAGCGUCCAGGAAUUGUGCAUCUCCUGUUGGCAGCGGAUUACCUGAAAAUCGAGCAACUGUCGUCUCAAAUUUGGCAAUGUUUGGAUCAGGACUCGGGUUUCGGGGAACUUCAGGCUAUUCAGGUGGCCCAGGACUCAAUGCCCUUCAAGGAUCUCAAUCGUUUACACUACCUGAUGCUGCAUCGAAUACACUACUACUUCCUGGUCUUUUCAUCCUCCGUUGAGUUUCUCGAUUUGUCCGCUAAAAGCCUCAGCGUUCUGUUCACUUCGCAUGAGAUACGAGUUAACAGUGAGGCGGAGGUUUUCUACUCUGCCAUUCGCUGGCUGAAUCACGAGUGGCCCAGCCGUCGAAUGCAUGCGGUGGAGGUCAUGGAAAAUGUGCGAAUCUCCAGGAUGCCCAGUGAACUGCUUCUUGUGCUCGAGUCACCGGUGGAUGACAUUCGUGUGGACCGCAUCCUCCAGCUGCCGGAAUUGCAGCCGGUCAUGGAAAAGGGCAGAUUCGACCAAGUGGCGGUGCAUUUAGACGACGGAACGAAGCUGUACCAGCAGAUUUAUGAGAUCUUUGACGUGACGGUGGUGCAACCACGGCGCUUCAUCUGUCACGAUUUGGCACCUUACCACCGACCGGAGCCAAAUUCACCUGACCAUGUGUUCAGGUACGCGGACUUCCUCAGCUACCUGGGCGUCCUGCAGACGCUGCCUUUGGACGCCUUGCAGCGUCUCCCGAAGCCCCUCUGAUGGCCCAAAUGGCAUACAAUACUCCAGGAUUCCUCUCCUGCCCGACGA